AUGUCGUCGCCCCAAAUCGGACCCGUAUUGGGGGCAUGGUACAGGUGGAAAGCCCUACGACUGCCAUGGCGUAGGAGAUUUCUAGUCGGCCUCGACCUCCAAGGCAACACCUACUGGAUCUUCAAGCUCUCCGGCGCGGAAUCUACCGAGCGCUGGCGCCGCAUCGUGAAAUACCCACGCUCAACCCAAUACAGUGAAGUCAAGAUUACGCCGCAAUGGCACCAAUGGCUGCGGUAUCAACGAGAGAACCCUCCCUCCAUCGCCGAGCAAGCGCAAGAGGUCACGCGGCAACAUCAAAUUAAACUGCUCGCCGCCGAGGCGGACGCUAGGUGGGAGGCUAAGCCGAGGGUUACGGAUAUACCGGGCAAUGAGAAGGGGCAGUCGGUUCCGGUUCUGGGGACCGCGGGGACGCGGGCGCGUGUUGAAGGAACGGAAGGGGGAGAGGAAGUUGUGGGGCAGGCACAGGAGCAUGGUGUAAAGGCGAGAGAUAAACCAAAGGAGGUCAAGGACGACCCGUGGAAGAGAGCGUCGGGGCCGAGUGAGACGUGGCAGCCUGAAGCAUGGAGUCCGAGUGCGUCGAAGAAAAGGUGA